AUGCGAGGCGUGGCGCUGCUGGUGUGCGCGGCGGCGGCGAGCCUGCUGGCCGGCGUGCAGGGCAUGUACUCGAGCGAGGACAGCGUGAAGGUGCUGGACCCGGAGAGCUUCCGCGAGCAGGUGCAGCAGGACUCGGGCGUGUGGCUCGUGGAGUUCUACGCGCCAUGGUGCGGCCACUGCAAGCAGCUGGCGCCCGAGUACAAGAAGGCGGCCAAGGCGCUGGAGGGCGUCGUGAACGUGGCGGCCAUCGACUGCCAGGAGCACGAGGAGUUCGUGCAGGAGUUCGCGGUGCGCGGCUUCCCCACCAUCAAGAUCUUCGGCGAGGACAAGACCAAGCCCACGACGUUCAGCGGCGACCGCACGGCCAAGGGCCUCGUGGACGCGGCGCUCACGGCCUCCCGCCGCGUGGUCAAGGCGCGUCUGUCGGACGGCUCGGAGAAGAAGAAGAAGAAGCCCAAGCCGCAGCAGCAGAAGAAGAAGUCGCCCAGCGGCAAGAGCGCAGUCAUCACGCUCACGGACGACACGUUCGACGACACGGUGCUCAACAGCGGAGACAUCUGGCUCGUGGAGUUCUACGCGCCGUGGUGCGGCCACUGCAAGCAGCUCGCCCCGGAGUGGGAGCAGGCCGCGUCGGACCUCAAGGGAUCCGUCAAGGUGGCUGCCAUUGAGGCGACGGCCAAUGAGCAGAAGACGGCCGAGUACGGCAUUGAAGGAUUCCCGACCAUUAAGGUGUUCGGACCCAACGCCAUGGGCCCGUCCGACGCCGACGACUACCAGGGCGAGCGCACUGCCGCUGCCAUCACGGAGUUCGGUCUCGCGGCGCUGGAUGUGAUGGGCGGCGGCCUGCGGAUCAAGGAGCUAAUCUCGGAGGAGACCCUGACGGACUUCUGCGAGGGCAAGUCGAGCUGCGUCAUCAGCGUGCUGCCGCACAUUACGGAAGGCGGCAAGAGUGCGCGUGAGAGCUACAUUAAGACGCUCGAGGAGGCGGCCAAGCUGGUGCGCGGCAAGCCGUUCAAGUUCGGAUGGAUGCAGGGUGGUGACCAGCUCGACUUCGAGAGCCGCUUCGAGCUGACGUUCGGAUACCCGUCGCUGGUGGCCAUCAACCUCGACCGCAAGCGCUAUGUGGUGCAGCGCGGCGCCUUCACGGCCGAAGCUAUCAGCGAGUUCCUGCAGGGCGUGAUGCAGGGCCGCGAGUCGACCGUCGGCUUCGACAAGCUGCCGGAGAUCAAGACGGUCAAGCCGUGGGAUGGCAAGGACGUGCAGCUGGACGAGAUCGAGGAGGACGAGGACGACGAUAUCAUGAACGAGAUUCUGGGCAACGCCGCCGACAAGGACGAGCUUUAGGUUUGGAGUGCACAUUUAGAAGAACGUUGCGUGCAUUCCCAUACGUACCUAAUCAAACUUUCGGUUGCACU